CUAAUAAGCUUAAACUACAAAUUUACAGAUGAUUACCAAAAAUGAAAUUUUAAGAGUACUUAAAGAAAAGUUUGGGCAUGAAAAUUUUGUUAAUGAUAUUCAAUUUCAAGCAAUAAAAUCUUUGAUAAAUGAUUCCAACAAAAAUUUGUUUGUAUGCAUGCCAACUGGUGCUGGUAAGUCAUUAUGUUUCCAGUUACCCAUCAUGUUCGCACCUCACAAUAAUUUAGCUAUCAUUGUUUCACCCUUAUUAGCUCUUAUACAUGAUCAAACCACUUAUUUAAAUUCAAUAGGCCUGCGUGCUGAAACACUAAAUUCCUCUAUCCCACCUGAAACUCGAAAAUCUAUUAUAAAAGAUUUAUACAGGCAAAUUAAUAGCAACUCUAAUGAUGACAGCACCAAAAUUAUUUCGAACAAUGCUUUUCACAGAAUGAUGAGUAAUGCUAAUUGUGCUAGUCAGGAUCUUAGAAAGAGAAAAUAUAAUAAAAUCAUUACUUCACUUGAUUACGAAUUCCCCUUUUCAUCGUCUAAGAAAAAAAGUAAACCCUCACCAGUUAGCACCAUAAAAGACCAUUUAGAACUCCCAAAAAUGCAAACCUUAUUACCUAUAAAAUUUUUAUACGUUACACCCGAAAUGUUGGCAAAGUCUCAAUGGUUUUCUGACAUUAUUAAAUCCAUGAUUGAAAAAAACUUAAUCUCUUACUUUGUGAUAGACGAAGCUCACUGUGUUUCCCAAUGGGGACACGAUUUUAGACCCGAUUACCUUAAACUGAAAAACGCCUUAAAAUUAUUUUCUCCUAAACCAACUGCAGAACCACAAAACAAAAUAUCUAGUAUUAAUACUACUAUCGUCCCUUGCAUAGCCUUAACCGCGACCUCUCCUUUUCAUGUCAGGGAUGAUAUAAUAAAAUCAUUAGGCUUUGAACCACAAACUCUAAUUGUACUGAAAACUCCAUGCUUUCGAUCGAAUUUGUUUUACGAAGUUGGGUUCAGGGAUUGCCCUUCUUCCGAUCUUAAUUCAUCAUCAUCCGAAUAUGUGGACAAUGAAGAAUACGAUUAUAAACAAUUAGUUGAAUACAUCAAAGGUAUGAAGCAAAGGUUGCGCAACUACAAUGCUAAGAUUGAUCUUGAAACUAACUUAGCAGUAAAUACCAGAGAUGGGAAAGUCAAUGAUUGCAAAAUCUUGUCCGGUCUUAUCUAUUGCCGAACGAGAGAGGAAUGUGAUACAUUGGCUAUAAAACUUAAUAAAACGGGUAUUACUAGCUUAUCUUAUCAUGCUGGUAUAAAAGACAAGGAGAGGCGUGAGAUUCAAAAUGCUUGGAUGCACGAUAAGGUUCCCAUCAUAGUGGCUACCGUCAGUUUCGGAAUGGGCAUCAAUAAAUCCAACGUCCGUUUUGUUGUGCACUGGAAUCUUCCUAAAUCAUUGACUCAUUAUUAUCAAGAAUCGGGGAGGGCUGGAAGAGACGGGAAAAUGGCUCACUGUCUCCUAUAUUAUUCUCUCAAAGAUCGCAAGAUCGUGUCCUUCUUUAACACCCAGGAAAACAACAAGAUGAGAUUCAAACAUAAGAAUUCACCCAAAGACAUGUCCAGCGUUGAUAAAAGCAUAGAAGCCAAAAAGAUAGCCUUUGACGCCAUUAUUGAUUAUUGUGAAACCUUAAAAUGCAGACAUCAUUCUAUUUCUAAAUUCUUUGGCGACGACAACCCGACAUGUGCAAAUAGAUGCGAUUACUGCAGCGCCAACGAACGACUUAAGGCUAGACUUAAACAUUUUAAAGAUCACAAUGAAUCUAAAUUCUCCUUGAAAAAUAGUAGACCCAACUAUUAUUCUCGCCCAAACGUAGGGGAUCAAAACACAAACGACCAACUUUAUGGCCAAUGCGAUUCAGAAUCAGAUUACGGAGUUGAAAAUGAGUUUGAUGGUAAUGACGGGCUUGGUGAGACGAUUAAGGAGGAGUUUAAUCGUCGCAAACAGAAGGUAAUGCCAAUAUCCAAUAAAAAAAAUAAAAUUUUAUCUUCCAACUCCUCCGUUCAAAAUAUCAAAUCCAACACCUCAAAUAUUUCUGAAGAAAUUAAGCUUUAUUUAAGGCAGAAACUAGAGGGAGCCCUCCUCGAGCUAUUUACUAAAAUGAAGGAUCGUACUAUAGAGUCAGAUUAUCCAGAGAAUCAUGUAUAUAAUACAAUUAACGAAACAAAAUCUGUGGAAGAUAUAGCCCUAAAAAUCGAAAAAAAACUUUUGCAUAAUGUCAAAAUAGCGAACGUUUAUAAAGCUAGAAUGUUAAAGGAUAUUAAAGAAGUACAAAGGAUUCAAGACAUUGUAUUGAAAAAAGAGGUUUCUUUGCAUGAAGGUUACUUAAUUCUUGAAGCAUUCUUGGAAACGCACUGUUACCAGUUUAAAUCACAAUCCUUAACCCAAAUUGCACUAAAUGUUUCCUCAUCCUUUCGUGCAGCCAGUACCUUAUUAAAAUUAUAAAUUUUUUUAACAUUAAUUGCCUUUUCAGGGAACGAAUUUUUUUUCAGGUAUUUGAAUGUGAAUGAUCACAUUAAAAAAAAAUAAUAUUGUAGUAUAAAUAAAAUAUAAAUCAAGAAAAUGGUUAAA